GACGUUUUCAUAAAAAAAGAUGGUAAGCCAUCUCCUCUUCUUUUAUCUUCUUCUCCCACAAGUGGUUGUAGCUAGCGGUGGAUUUCUUCAUGAAUGAACCAUGAAGAUCUUUUUUUUUCUUAAAAAAAAUGAAUUUUUGGGAACCAUUCUCAACACCUAAUUUUUCUCAAUUUGAUGGUCGUCAUUCUUGGAUAUCAAUGGCGUUCGGCGUGAUUCUGUUUGUGACUUGAGUCGGACAUGGUGGCGAUGAAGAGGCGAGUGCUUGUGGCCACGGAUAAUGUUGUCAUUCCGGUCAGUGUUGUUUUCUCAGCAGUUGAGCGCAUAGGAGUCCAUGUCUCUGCCGAAGAUGAUGUGCUCGUUGCCACUCGAGCUACUCCAACAAUAAGAGGGAAGUUACCAAUUGAGCCGGCUUCAAUGGAUGGAGCCAUAUCUCUCAUGAAAACGCCCGAACUGGUUGGGGAGCAAUGGAUCGAGGAGAUUGCAAGAGUGCUGAAGCCUGAGGGGAAAAUCCUGAUACAGACUUCUUUAUCGUGUCUUCAGCUCACAGAUGAUAAGCCGAGCUUUGGGUUGGAGCGCAAGUUACUCAUGGCAGGAUUUCUUGAAGUACAAACUGUACAAAUAAAAGCUAUGUUGCCGAUUGAAGCAGAUGGUGAUCAAUUGUUAACCAUUAAGGGCAAGAAGGCUUCUUGGAAGAUUGGGUCGUCAUUCUCCCUUAAGAAAGCGACAAAUACUGCUCCCAAGAUUCAGAUUGACGACAGUCUUCUGACUGAGGAGGACUUGAAGAAACCACAGCUACCGCCUGGGCUGAUGCAUAUGAUCAAGAGUUUUGCUUCGGUGCGUUUUCCUUGGGCAUCACGAAGAAAAAAAAUGCAGUUGGAGAUUGUGAAGUUGGAAGCAAGAGGAAGGCCUGAAAGAAGAACUGCAUGCACUUGUGGUCGGCCGGGGAAGAGCAAAGGGUGGCAGCUUGUUAUCAUUUUUGCAACUUGCCGUGUCUUUUGAUAACUAAGUUUGUUUGAUACAACUUUGGAUGGUUAUUUAUCUUACUGUGUAAACAUCCAUCGUGGUCUUGGAGAUGCAUUUAGAUGUAGUUCGUGCCCAUUCAGAGGUCUUCCCCCAUGUAAACUUGGGGAGAAGGUGGCACAACUGAACUUUAAUCUUGCGUAUCUUCCCAUUAAUUUUUCCCUUUACUAGAUUAAGUGCCCUUCAACAUUUAUUAUUUGAUAAGGCAUGGCUCGUUACUAUUA